UUCAGUGUUUACAGCUUUAUUCACCGUUAGUCGAUGGGAUUGUUGUUGACAAGAUGGAGUUCUUGCUGGGAAAUCCGUACGGUACUCCGGUGGGGCAGUGCAUUGAAAAAGCCACGGAUGGCUCCUUACAGAGUGAAGACUGGACUAUAAACAUGGAAAUAUGUGACAUCAUCAAUGAAACAGAAGAUGGGCCUAAGGAUGCCAUAAGGGCUGUCAAAAAGAGACUUAAUGGGAAUAAGAAUUAUAGAGAAGUGAUGCUGACUUUGACAGUUCUUGAGACAUGUGUGAAAAACUGUGGUUAUCGCUUUCAUGCUCUCGUCACAACCCGGGAUUUUAUUGAUGGAAUUCUGGUUAAGGUCAUUUCUCCUAAAAACAACCCACCAGCCAUCGUACAGGACAAAGUGCUUGCUCUUAUACAGGCUUGGGCUGAUGCUUUCAGGAGUAGUCCGGAUUUGACAGGCGUAGUCCAUGUUUAUGAGGAAAUGAAGAGAAAAGGCAUAGAGUUCCCAAGGUCAGAUCUGGAGACCUUAUCACCUAUCCACACACCACAGCAGUGUGCCUCAGAGGGGGAUCUCAAACCCAGUGCUCCAGCUCAGCCAAAACCUGUCCAGUCUUUCUCUGCUCCUCCUGUCCACGGCUCACCUCAGGUUCCUAACCUGCACGUGUCUGGAGACAUCAACCCCACCCCAGAACAGAUUUCUAGGUUGCGCAGUGAGCUGGAGGUUGUGCGUGGAAACACCAAGGUGAUGUCUGAGAUGUUAACAGAAAUGGUGCCUGGUCAAGAGGAUCCAUCUGACCAUGAGCUUUUGCAGGAGUUGAACAGAACCUGCAGGUCCAUGCAGCAGAGGAUAGUAGAGCUCAUCUCCCGUGUGUCUAAUGAGGAGGUCACAGAGGAACUGCUCCAUGUCAAUGACGACCUCAACAACAUUUUUUUGCGAUACGAGAGGUAUGAGAGGUUCCGGUCUGGUCGAACUGUUCAUGGUGUCAAUAAUGGAGUCCUGAGUGAGGCCACAGACGACAACCUGAUUGACCUUGGGCCAGGUUCUCCUGCAGUAAUGAGCCCCAGGAUCAGUGGCACUCCUCCCUCCAGUCUGCCAGCCUCAGUUGCCCCUGUUCGCUCUGCUUCACCUGCUACUCUCUCUUCUCGACUAGCAGGCCUGGAUGUAGGAGCUGACAGUGUCAGUGGCACCCUGAGUUCUCUAACUCGCUGUCAGCCACCGUCAGAUGACUUCGACAUGUUUGCCCAGACCAGGAGCGGCACUCUGCCUGACCAAAGGAAGAAUCCACCGUUUGAAGACACUCAGUCUGCAAGUGGAGCAGCUCCUACUCUUGAGCUUAGACAACAGAACUCUGGCGGGUUCGCUCUUGCUCAGUCCUCUGUCAUGGAUGACAUUGAGGAGUGGCUCUGUACUGAUGUGAAAGGAGAUGAUGGAGAUGAAGGUGUGACGAGUGAAGAAUUUGAUAAGUUUUUGGAGGAGAGAGCUAAAGCUGCAGAAAUGGUCCCCACACUUCCACUGGGCCCGAGUGCAGAUCUGACCAGUGCAGCUGGCUCAGCUGUAAAUCCGGGGAAUAAGCCUGAUCGAGCCGAAAACUCUCUGUUUGUCUUGUAAAAGGAUUUUGGGACUAUUGGGUGUGUGUUUAGCCUCUUGUGUGUGGUAAGUAGGUGGUCCUGCAGACUCAGCGGCCCGUCUUUCCUCUGCUUCCCACAUUACUACACGAUCGACACUGCGGCGGCCGCCUCCUAUGCAGUUUGUUUUCCUAGACUGGUUUUGUGAACGGAUUCUAAAGACAGAUGUUCUCAUGAGCUUCAGACAUUCAUUUCUUUCAAAACAAAUUCAACUCUAAGCAUGUAAGAGGUCAUUGAUAUUUUGGUGAUGAAACACAUGCCAGGAACUUGCAAAAAAAACAAAAAAAAAAGCAUUAAGAAGAAGAUAAGCUUAACAUUUUCUCUACAAGCGAGCAGUGGAUUCUUUUGGGCCUGGGUUAUUUAAAUCGCAAUUCCACAGCACAAUGUUACACAACGUUAGCUAUCACUAAUGGGUCUGAGACAUUUACGAUCAGAAGCAGGUGCUGCUUACACAGAAACUUGUGAACUGAUCUUUACUGAUUUUAGCUGCGUACAUGUCUUAUGAUAAAAUAUGCACCUGGACACCUCAGGGGCACGUAAACCUCCUUUUACCUAGAAUAAAUUCACUCUAAUAACAGUAAAUUUAGCAGAUUUAUCUAUUAUAUUAUCUAAUGUGUCUAUUAGAUGAAAACGGACAGAGGGAGUUAGUUUUUUGUAGUAUGUAUGAAUUGCAGUACGUGAACUUGGGAGAGUGGUUCAUUUGAUUUCGGUUACGUGAGCUCGUUUUUUUUGGUCUACCUCGCAAAGCAUUGAGAAAGGGAAAAGGAUACAGAAGUGAUUGCAGUUCAACAUAAAGCACUAACUGUAGUGACAGUUAAGAUGGAAUGAGUCUGGUUUUUUUGUGCUGCUCAGGACAACGUGUCAUUAAUUUAAAAACUGUUUAAGAAAUCACAAAGCGAUAGAGCGUUAAUGUGUAUGUUUAGUGUCGUUUGCACCGAAGAGGUCUUUUUGGCUGCGCAGAUGGAGCUUUUGCUAAGAUGCAAAUCUUAGCUGUCGUUAUUCAAAAUGCUGCCUGUUAUAUGAAACAUAUUCCAAGUAAAUAGAGUUCAAAGCUGAUGGUGACUGGAAGGCAGGUUAAAUUGGAUUUUUCUCUAGUGUAGAAGUGAUGUCAAGCUCACUGCUGUUACUAGGAAAUAAAAUGGAUCUGCCUUAAUGAACAGAAGUCAGACAGCUAACAUGAACCUAUUUGGUCAAAUUUGUAAAUCUGUAAGUUAAGUAUUUUGUUUGAUACAUUUGUGUUUUUAUGUUGUGUGACUUACAGAGCUAUGUCGUUUUUAUGGACCAAAACUGCAUAUAUCUGAUUAUAGGUGUCCAGAAGAAUAGCCUGGAUCAGGCUUUCCUGCAUGGGCUAGCUUUUUAAAAAUGUGUGAUUCUUCCUGUACGUCAAGAAAAAAAACAGAUCUACAAAUCUCAGAUUUUAACAUCAGAGAAAACUGCUAUUAGUUGUCUCCUACAAAUACGGAAAAUAUCUCUGAUCACCGCUUACCCCAUAAAAAACGCCACAUGGCCAAUGAAAAUUGUAACUGGACUGACUGACAGGUUGCAGAGGUGUUUUGAACUCUCCAACAAUGGAAGCCCCACCAACUGUUUCAUGUUGGUCUCGUCUUCAGAUUUCCACGAGUUCACGUGGCACGUUCUUGUCAAUGUAACUGAAGAAUUUUGAGGUCAUCAGAACAUAAAAUGUCAAACAAAUUAUAUUUAUUUCUCUAUAUAAAUCUUCUACAUAUUUAACAUAAGUUAACUAUAAUCAUUAGGGAUGCCACAGACAAAUUUUGGACAAGAAUAGCCAAAAAUAAUACUUCCAGGUAAAAGAGAGAAGAAAACCCAAACCACUAAACUGAAUAGGUAAUUUAUCUACAUUUCUUUUAAUCAUCAUUCUUCUGUCAUUAAAGAAAUUACAAUAUCUGUUAUAUCUGACUAUUGCUAACCAGAGCAUUUUAAUAAGAGCUAGCUACUUCCUGUCAUCUAGCAAAUUACUUAGCAAGCAGGAAAUCUAGCCCAGGUGGGAAAAAGUCAUCAAAUAAUAAUAAUAAAAACACACAAAGGCAAAACAACAAAAAGGGUGAAUUAGGAUAGCUCAUGUUAUUAAAAGUCCUGGCUAUACAUAGAUACCAUGUAUAAUGUAAAAAAUGUAUGUGUUUAAUGCAUGAACACUAAACACUUAGAUAAAAAGAUGAAAAAUAUUGCAUCCUUCAGGUAACUAGUAAGCUACUGCACAAGCACUUUAAAUGUUAGAUUUCAAUGCUUUCAGUAGAAAACCUGGAAGUUCUUUUGUUUGUGAACGACAGCAACGGUUUGAGGAAAUUAAGACCUCUAAAUAAACAUUUCCUAUUCGAAAUCGUGAUAAUUCCUGAAUUUAUUGAUGCAUCCGACACAUUAACGAAACGCCACUGUAGUCUGUUUUGGCUUUGCAGAUCUGGCUCGUUCCUGAAAAGUAAUUUUGUCCUCCAAUCUUCCUGCUUUGUCACGAUCGUCAUCGUCGCUCAUUUUCAGUCAGGAGUAACCCUGUGUAAUGUUUGUCUAGUCUGUCUAUUAGCUCUGUUUUUGUUGUGGGCUGAGUGGAUAGACCACAGAGAUGCAUUAUUUUAGUGCAAAAACACUUAUUUAAAAAAUCGUGUACUUCCCUAAAUUCUGUCCUCGUGAAGGCAGGUGACCCCUGAACAGUCCAGGUGUCCUGGAGGUUUUCCUGGACACAGCAUAUGGACUGUUGGACAGGACAUUCCGAUAGCUUACAUUGAACGUGAACUAAGGUGAAGGAAGGUGCUGUUAGAUGAGACAGAGACAGGACUGAGUGAUUUGCUCAAUGUUUUUCUCUGCUUAAUCUUUAUUUUUAGAUUUGGUCAGUUUUGGUAAGAACGUCUGUUGGAACACAGAAUAAUGGUUUUUGAGAUUAGUAGAAUUUAGUUACAUAAAGUACAUUUGAAAAUAUAAGCCUUGGUGAGAUUAAUGGAAAGUCAGUUGGAGGAAAUGUUGAGUAGUCAGUAGUUGUGAGAAAUUCUUGGAAUUUUAUGAGAGAUUUAAAAAAAAAAAAAAAAAAAAGUCAUGUCUCUUUUUUUCUCCAUCAUUUCUGGAGUGAUUUUAUGUUCAAUUUAGAAGACUGGAAAACAUUAUUAUUAUUAUUUUACCACUAAUCAGCAACGGCUUAUAAUGGAUUCUUUCCUAUACAACAGAAAUAGAAGGAUUUGAAGGCACCUAAUGAAUACUUCAGUCACAUUAUUUCCUGACUGAUGAUAAAAGCCUGGUCUAUGAAGAAAACUUUUAUAAACACAUAGAACACUAAUUCAGUUUGUUAAAUCAAAUACGUGCAAUUUUUGUGUAUGGAUAUUUUGUGUGUAGAGUAACACUCGUCAGCUUGUGCACUACAUCGUCAGCGUGAUUGGGAGUGUAAACUACCCUGUGGUCUACACGGAGAAUGAGUGAGUGAUUUAAUUUGUCUUUCAUAAUGACAGUAUUGAGGUGGUAAAAGCGAACUCAGUGAUCAACUUCACAGCAUUUGACUGUUGACUGUUGUUUAUUUGUGUGAUUUAAAAGCUUGUGUUAAUAGAAACCUGAGUGUGUUUUGUGUGUUGAUUUUUUUGUAAGCUUUAUAGAGCCUUUUGCACCCGAUGGUUCAAUGAUCAUGACUAUCAGUUUAAAGAUAAAUACAAAUCAUUGACUUCACUGCAAUAGAAAAGAGUUGCUUAAAUGAUCACAUAGUGGUUUCUGUUUUUUAAUGUAAUGUGAGAAGGAAAUUAUUCAUUUUCAUAUACACGUAUGCAUAGUGUUUUUUUUCCCUCUGGUUAUAUAUUUGAAGUGUUAUGUGUCUGUGUGAGAAACUCACAUUUCUGAUGCAGGAAAUGUUCGUUUUGGUGAGAAAGAAGAACAAAGCAAAGAAAUUUCGAGUGUGAUUGUGUUUAAGCACGUGUGCGGCACGGCUAAACCGUACACUGCUGUGUACUGAUGUGCUGGUCUGGGUGUUACUUGUUGUUAUACCUCAAGUUGCACUCUGUGCUCUUUGUUUCAUGCAUGUGCUAAUCUCCAAUAAAACAUACCAAGGUGGUGACCAUUCA